UAUCCAGCGGUACCCCGAGGAGAAAUCCCUCGGGGACACCUGCUCCUCACGGCCGCCCUCGUGUGGGGCCCCACCCGCUCCCUCACGCUGCCAGCCGCCGAGGCCGAGGAGGAGGAAGAUGAAGAGGAGGAGGAAGAUGAGGAAGAGGAAUAUGAGGAGGAGGAAGGCGAGAGGGGAGCGAAAGAGCCGGGGGAGCCCGCGGAGCCUCCCCGCCCGCCCUCUCCCCUCAGCAUGGCCGGCGGCGGGAUGGCGGCGGCGGGCAGCGAGGGGCUGAGGCGCCCGGCCGCCGGAGGAAGAGGAGGAGGAGGAGGAGGAGGAAGAGGAGGAGGGCAUGAGCGCCCGGCGGGCCGCUCUGACGUUUUGAUCCCUUCCGAGAACUUAACAGGAUCGCCGAGCCCUCGGAGCGGCUUUUCCCGCUGAGCCGGGCUCAGGCGGGCGGGCUUUGGCCCUAAUCCGCCCGGGGGCGGCCGCGCCGGGCCCGGCCCCGCCGGGGAGCUCCGGCGCUGGAGCCGGAGAGGAGCCGGAGCCGCGGAUAUCGCCGCGGAUAUCGAUAUAUCGCUAUAUCGCUCGCCCCCGGAGCCGGUCUGGGCGGAGGGAGGGAGUUUGUGAGCGCCGACAGCGGCACGGAGAGCGCCAAGGGUUAGUGUAAUUGGUAACAAGGAAAGAAAUACUGACUGAGGAAGCAUGUGAGAACUCUGUGUAAGUCACAGCUAUCAUUUAGAUGUUAAUAUGUAAAGCAAAAUGGCAAAAAUCAACACCCAGCACUCCUACCCUGCUAUGCACAGACUGUCUGUCAGAACUACUGAUGAAGAUAUUGAAAGGAUUGAAAAUGGCUUUAUCAGAACCCAUUCGCUGUGUGAGGAUACGUCUUCAGAACUGCAGAGAGUCAUUUCUGCCGAGGGAGGGCAUUUAUCUGGAUCCCAGACGAGCUCAUUCACAGGCAGGGGAGCAAUGGCAAGGCUGUCACGAUUUGUUGUAUCUCUGAGGUCAUGGGCCACAAGACAUUUGCACCACGAAGACCAAAGACCUGAUUCUUUCCUGGAGCGAAUCCGAGGGCCAGAGCUCAUAGAGGUGUCCAGUAGGCAAAGUAACAUCCGUUCCUUUCUGGGCAUCCGUGAACGUCCUGGGGGAGUGAACAGUCAAUGGCCCCUGGCCAGGUUUAAUGUCAACUAUAGCAACAACACCAAUGAAGACAAAAAGGAAGAAAAGAAAGAGGUUAAAGAGGAAAAGAAACAGGAAAAGAAGGAGGAAAAGAAGGAGGAAAAGAAAGAGGAAAAGAAAGAUGACAAAAAAGAUGACAAAAAAGAUGACAAAAAAAAAGAAGAGAAGAAAAAAGAGAUCUUUGUGAUAGAUCCUUCAAGCAAUAUGUACUACAACUGGCUGACCAUAAUUGCAGCACCUGUGUUCUAUAACUGGUGUAUGCUAGUGUGCAGGGCCUGCUUUGAUGAGCUACAAAUUGACCAUAUUAAAGUAUGGCUGUUCUUGGACUAUUGCUCUGAUGUAAUCUAUGUUUUUGACAUGUUUGUUAGAUUCAGGACAGGCUUCCUUGAACAAGGCUUGCUAGUUCAAGAUGAAAAGAAAUUACGAGACCAUUAUACCAAAACUGUGCAGUUCAAACUGGAUGUGGUGUCUCUUCUGCCAACAGACCUGGCAUACCUGAAGCUUGGUUUGAACUACCCCGAGCUGCGAUUUAACCGCUUGCUGAGGAUUUCCCGACUGUUUGAGUUUUUUGACCGCACGGAAACCCGGACAAAUUAUCCAAACAUGUUUCGCAUUGGAAAUCUUGUCUUGUACAUCCUUAUCAUCAUCCACUGGAACGCGUGCAUAUACUUCGCCAUUUCGAAGCUCAUCGGCUUUGGAACCGACUCGUGGGUCUACCCCAACGUGUCCAUUCCGGAGUACGGGCGCCUGUCCAGGAAGUACAUUUACAGCCUGUACUGGUCAACGCUCACGCUGACCACCAUUGGAGAAACACCGCCCCCGGUGAAGGAUGAAGAGUAUCUCUUUGUGGUCAUCGACUUCCUGGUGGGCGUGCUGAUCUUCGCUACCAUUGUCGGUAACGUGGGCUCCAUGAUUUCCAACAUGAAUGCCUCCAGGGCAGAGUUCCAGGCCAAAGUUGAUUCUAUUAAGCAGUACAUGCACUUCCGAAAAGUGACUAAGGACUUGGAAGCCAGGGUUAUUAAGUGGUUUGAUUACCUCUGGACCAACAAGAAAACGGUGGAUGAGAAGGAGGUUCUCAAAAAUCUGCCCGACAAGUUGAAGGCUGAAAUUGCCAUCAAUGUCCACUUGGACACGCUGAAGAAAGUGCGCAUAUUCCAGGACUGUGAAGCUGGACUUCUCAUUGAGCUGGUGCUGAAACUGAAACCUACGGUCUUCAGUCCUGGGGACUACAUUUGCAAAAAGGGAGAUAUUGGGAGAGAAAUGUACAUUAUUAAAGAGGGAAAGUUGGCUGUGGUGGCAGAUGAUGGCAUAACCCAAUUUGUAGUCCUAAGCGAUGGCAGCUACUUUGGUGAAAUCAGCAUCCUGAACAUCAAAGGUAGCAAAUCUGGCAACAGGAGGACAGCCAACAUAAGGAGUAUUGGUUAUUCUGAUUUGUUCUGCUUGUCUAAAGAUGAUUUAAUGGAGGCUCUCACAGAAUAUCCAGAAGCCAAAAAGGCUCUGGAAGAGAAAGGGCGACAAAUUCUGAUGAAAGACAAUUUAAUAGAUGAGGAAGCAGCAAAAGCAGGAGCUGACCCAAAAGACUUGGAAGAAAAAGUAGAAAGACUUGAAACAGCUCUGGACACGCUGCAGACUAGGUUUGCUAGGCUCUUGGCAGAAUACAGCUCUUCUCAACAAAAAGUGAAGCAGAGACUUGCCAGAGUAGAAACCAGAGUGAAAAAAUAUGGCAGCGGCACCUUAUCAGUUGGAGAAGCAGAGGCCGAAAAACCUGAGGAGCAGAAAAAUAACUGAUGGAGUAUUCAUAUUUCCUUACUUAAUGGAGAAGGUUGAAACAUGUGAAAGCCAUAAAUGUACAUAAAUAUGUGUGUGCAUACAGAGCCAUGAUUAUUUUUAUAUGGACUCAAGAGAACGGUUUUUAGCAUUUUUUAACUGAAGUGGUAUUUUCUUGUAAAUAGGACAUUGUCACCUUCUUCAUAGGGGGAGAUUCUGGUCUGUCAUUUGGGUACUUUUUGGUACUGGGAGUGGGUUUCUUACAAGUCAUGCUCAGAACGUCUUCUGUGUGUGGCAUGUGUACACCUUGACACAUCGUCUCUUCACGUGCAUGUUGUGUUACGAAGGCAUUGUGCUUAAACUAGAGGGAUUGUUUUUUAAACGGCUUAACAAUAUUUGUAGGGUACAUGCUCUACCUUGCUACCUUGCUAGCCUCUUAAAUGCGUGGAUGCACAGCUGGGCUUCUCAAAAUCUCUGUUCUUUCACAGUGAAGCAGUCUGCACAAACUGUAGGACUACAGCUCAGGAGAAGCUGGCACCUGGCCUGUGCAGUGCAGCCCCAUGUGCGUAUGGCACGGCCACGCAUCCGGAUGCUCGUGUCUGAGUCUUUCCUCCUGAGCCGGGACCCGCAGGAAGGAUCGUGCUGGCAGUCGCUGCGCACUUGGAAGGGAGUCCCCAGAAGCUCGCUGGUGGAAGAUGUCUGUGGCAACACAGCUUCACUAAACCUGGGAAGAGACAAGAGGGUCUUGGUGCAUGCAGCUCCUGUACGUAGGGUCUAGUGGGGGCGAGUGGUCAGUGCAGGAGGAUCUCUACUAGGAAACUAUGAGGGCCAGCAGGACGGGCUGUCCCUGUCUGCCAGCCAGCCUUCUCUCCCCACAGGCUUCGGGGGGGGGGCAAGUCCUUUGUUGCAAAGUCUUUCCAGCUAUUAGACCUGUGUUUUCUUCCUUUUUAUUUCAUUUAAUGAUUCCUGCACCACCUUUCUCUGCUGUUUAGUGUCAGCUUUUCUCCUGUGUAGCUGUCACACUACCACAUUUCCACUGGUUAGGGAAAAUGAAGGCCACAUCUGCUCUCAAAUUUUACUUGGGUCCUGUGGAUAGGAGCCUGACUGUGCCGGUUGCUUUUCUGCCAGACGGAGGGUGGUCACCUCCUGGUGACUGCCAGGGCCUGGCUCUGAGGCGAGUGCCCAGGCCUGGCCCGCUCAGCCUGCUGUCACAUCCAGGGCAGCACAGCACUGAGAUGGUUCCUUGUUCUGCCACACUGUGGCUUCAGGGGUCACCUCCUCCACCCUCCUCUUCUAGCCCCACUGCUUCCAGUUUCUUUCCAGGUUUCUGAAGGGAUUUCUCUAACAUUCUCCCUCUGGAUUUAGCUGAGUAAAUGCUUGUCUCUGGGCAAGCAACUUUUCCCCUCCUGUGAACAGUUUUGAGCCCGGUGAGAGAAAAAUCUGCCAGCAAGUAGGGAGUGGGGCUUGGCUUGCAGUACUGGCACAGGGGCCACCAGGCGAAGGCUCCUGGACUUGAGCGAGGGCUGCAAGUUGUCCCCAGCACAGGGCUAGCUUUGCAGGGACCCGCUGGUGAAACCAGGCUGUGGUGCAACCAGUGGCAGCCGAGGGGUGCUUUGGAGAGCAGAGCUCGGCCUCUCUGCCUUGUCCUGAGGCUUCACAGAGGGUAGCUGUGGGCCAGCAGCCUGCUGGCGAGAGCACAUACGUUAACGUCAAAUCUUCCUGCCAUCAAAUUAACCAGUCACUCACUUAAUUGAUGCUGGAAACGGUGGAAAAUACACAGUGCCAACUAACAUCGGUGAGAGCUGGCUACAACGUUACAAGCUCCGUUUCUCGAGCAGGAGGAGGUUCACCCAUGCAGUUUGAAGGCAGAGAAACCUGGCCAUCCUCUGGCCCCAUCUCCACACUGGGCCUGCCUCACCUGCCCGAGCAGAGCUGUACCAGGCACAGCAGCUUCACCUGGGCAGCACGGGGCCAGGCGCCUUCCAGCCUGCUCAGCACAGCCGACCGGCUGGUGCAGGGCUGCUGCGCCGCUCGGCUUACAGCGUUACAGCCAGACAGCCACACGUGGCUUGUCUGAAUAGUAAUGAUCGCAGAAUCACUAAGGCUGGAAAAGCCCUCCAAGCUCAUCUGGUCCAACCAUCCCCCUACCACCAAUGUCACCCACUAAACCAUGUCUCUAAGCACCACAUCCAACCUUUCCUUGAACACCCCCCAGGGACGGUGAUGGUGAAGUGUUGUUGUCAGUCCAGAAGCCGGACGGACCUUGGUACAGCUGGGCUUAACCCCUGUAUCCAGAUUUCCACUGACUACAACUGAGAGCUGUGUGCGGGCAGCAGCAGCAGGAGCUUUGGUCCUUGAGCUGAGCCUUGGCCUCAGUUUCUCCCAGGGCUUAAGAGAAGCGUGGGGGCCAGGAGAGGCUGCUUUUGCAGGGGUCCACCGCCCAGAGGUGGGGCUGGGUGGUCGCACAUCACUUACAGCGCAAGAGGGGGGAGGACGCAAUCGCUGAACCACCACCUCCCACUUCAUAACAGAGCUGGGGCCUGCACCUCCCGUAACUACUGCUGCCACCUGCUGCUCCGGGGCGGGGGGGGGGGGAGUGGGUUCCGUAUUUAUUGUCAUACUCUGCAUCAGUCAAUUCUCUGUAGAAACCUCACUAUCUACCCACCAUACUGCAGCUGCUCUAGCCUGCUGGAGAUGCACAAAUAGAACCACUCCAAGUACUACUUAUACUGAAUUUAUACCUGUUAAAGCUGCCGUCCUCCCAAAAGACAAGAGUGCUUGUCUACCUGAUGGGUCCAACAGCUUGAGCCACCAGGUACAGCAUAGCUGCCCUUCCCUUUUCCUUGCCUCUUGGACUGGUUAACACAUGCCACAAAAAGAUCUUUUACUGCUACUGGCUUCAGUCACUUUGAAAUGUAUAGCUUUUGGCAUUAUAAAAUCACGUCCUUCGUUGUCUUUCAUCUCUGUAAGAUGUUUUUCCCCUUUCAUGUGGAUACAGCAUGUACAUUAAAACAUUUUGAGUAACAUAUGAGCAACUCUGUACUUUCUCUUAUCCCUCUGCCCCUGGUUUUUAGUGUUUUAUCAGACUUUGAUACUGCUGAUAGCACAGGGCCCAGAAAAUCAGUACUUGGAGCAGAGAUCUGAAGUGAGGAAAAUCCAGGUGGGAAUCACCGCGUUUUCCCCUUGCUGCAGGGCAUCUGGCCCAGCGCCUGCU